AUGAGUCGACUUUGUCUAGACUUGUUGGGUUUUGGAUGUGCCUUGGUUCCGUUUCUGGGGUUCUGGGCUUGUUGCCCGAGUAUCUGGGAGACUGUCGUCGUCGAUCUCAACACGGCACUGAUGAUUGACGUGUGGAAGGCGUGGAAUCCUAGCGUGAACUCAUUCCAACCUGCGUCGGGUGACAAUACGGAAAUCUGGCAGAAGGCUGCUAAACUUCUGGGCAAGGAUGUUCUAUAUGAGAGUGAGGUGGUGUCUGCAAAACGAACCAAGAGCGGAGUGAAGAUUGAGGUCAGAGAUAAAGAUGGACAUAUCACCAAGAUCAGCGCCAAGAGACUGCUGAUCACUAUUGGGCCAGAGACUAUCAACCCAAAGUACUUUGACCUGAGCAGUGAAGAAGUGGAGAUCUUCCAUUCCGCUGCUGGCAACCGCUACCUCACUGGCAUCGUAUCUCACCCUUCCUUGCCGGCAGCUGGAAUCACCAACGUUGUACCAGCAGCUGUGAACGGAAACUAUGUCGCGUAUCCAACCGCCCCCUUCCAAGCCUACUUCCAGUAUAAAGGAAACUCUUCGACCGGACCUAUCCACCGUGCUCUAACUGUUGUCCCGAGAGAGACUUCGAUCGAGGACGCUAAGAAUCUCGUUCGCAAAUCUGUUCAGAAUCUCAUUGAUGAGGGAACAAUCCCAACUGGGAAGUCUAGCGAUCUCGAUUUCAGAACAUUCUCGGACCAUGGAAUUUUGUAUAGGCGCUGGUCUGCCGAGCAGCUGCGUGGUAGUAUCUUUGCGAUGGCGAAUGCUCUUUAG